AUGCUACGUAAGCUUACGGCUGCCGCAUCAGUGUCUGUCCAGUGUGGCUCAAUUACAGUGACAGGGUCUGUCAGAAACGUCCCGGUAGUUGCUACAGAUCGAGCGUUCCAGGCGGUAUGGUCAUCACUACGGCCCGGACCUGAGGUUAUCAGCAAGGCGAGGUCUGUGAGAUCCCGGCAUAUCUAUCUUCGACUGACCUGGCCAACGGCACAGGGUAUGCGACUCGAGAAUGGUUCAUCCAAGAGCCUACGUCCCUUGAUGAUGAAGAUGCUUGGAUUCGAGGAGGUGCGGGCGUCAAAGGCGACAGCAACGAACUUGUUGGGCAGAUCUGGGGUUGCAACCAGUACUGGAGCAGCGGGCCCCCACACACCAUUUUCACGCCAAUCGCCGACAUAUUUGACGACAAUUACGAGAAGUGUAGGCAGCAGAACAUUGCCAAAAUUUCCUCAGUUCGAAGGCGAUUGGGAUCAGGCAUAUGUCCCCUUCGCCGUCUACCCGACUUGCAUGCGCUGCUUUGAGCGCGCGGUCUACCUAGGAACCGGCAGCAGGCGACCAUCCCAAGUAUCGCUAUGCAUGAAUGUCGAUGGUGGCCAGUCCUCGUCGACGCCGUCUUUAGAAGGGGGCUUCAACGAAACGACGCAUGGGAGUGCAAGUUAUGAGGUCACUCCGACGUUAAGCAUCUCGGAGGUGAACAUCCAUCGGCACCCCUGCAACAUUUGCAAACCCUCGGGACACUUGUUUGCAAGGAUUGCAAAAAAUGGCAGGGUCGCCAACGGCGGUUAUAGGCCGAAGCAAAUAACGGCGAUCAUUGAAGAAGACGCCCUGAAUAACGACAUGCAACCGGUGUGA